ACAUUUCAAAUCUGCAUCACAGAUUUAACAGCUCAGAUGCCUGCCUGUCUGAUUGUAAGCCAGUUCUCGUCGCUCCGUCAAAAAGGAAUCAUGCUACGUGUCGGUGCGGUGUUUUUGUUGUUUUUGGUGGUGUCCCUGGGCGCCUCUCUUGAACCCAGAUACAGGUCCGAGUUCACGUACGAUGAACAGCUUCUGGAGAAGAUGAUCCGCAUGGAGGCAGAAAUGGACAAGUGGGAGACACGGAUGAAUGAGCAACUCGGACAGCUAACGAGCUUACGGGAACACAUUGACCAUCUGAUGAAGACCGAGGAUUCGUGUCUGAAGCUCAUACAGGAGGCGUUUUUGGAAUCCCGUAACAACCUGACGGCACUGCAGUCCCGAACUGAUGGCCUAGCACAGCAGCUCACAGAAAAAAUGAAAAAAGGUAGUGUAUCGUAUUAUACGACGUGCAAAGAUGGAUGGAUUCCAUGCAAGGGUUCCUGCUACUUAUUUUCUGCGGUCGGAACGGCAUUUACAGACGCGGAGCAAUAUUGUCGACAACACGAAAACAGUCAUCUUGUCCACGUAGACGAUGCCUGUGAAAACGAGUUUUUGAAAGACCGAAUGCGCUUGUUCAAAGAGUUUCACUGGUGGGUCGGAAUAAAGGAUGAAGAUAAAGAGGGAGUCUGGAAAUGGUUCGACACUGAUGAAGUGGCAACAUUUACUGACUUCAAGCCGGGCGAUGGAGGCGACCAUAACACGGAGGACUGUGCAAUGUUUUACCCUAUUUAUGGUUACCAAUGGGCCGAUUGCUCCUGUUCUUCCGAUCGAGGUGUGCUGUGUGAAGCCAGAGGGCACGAAGAGGCAUCAGUAAUCGGAUGUUGAGCGACAUGCACUGAAACAGACAGUACUAAACUUGUAUUCCAACUGUAAGGUUCCCUGUUGAUUAUAUUUGACUUUUAUUUUAAAUAAACACUAUUGGCUUU